AUUCUUUACUUUUUUCUUUGGUCGACGACACCGACAGAAUCCAAUUUGGGGAUAAACUAUAAACCCUAAAUCCCAGAAGGAAAGAUGAAAGCUGCAGCUUUUCCCGCUAAAUUCGCAAAUCUCAGCUACCCUUACGGUUGUUGCGCACAAUUCUUUCGAUCGCCGGCGACGUUUUUGUCUCCGGCAUUACCUUACUCGAGACCAGCUCCUUGUCGGAAGCUAACGAGAGGAAUAAGAGGUGUUGGAGGCUUGAUGUCUCAGUCUUUGUCAUCAUCUUCACAGUCAUUGUCUUCCCAACCGGAAUCAGAGUUACUUCAAGCUUUACCUUCUUCGAAGCCAAAGCCUCCGCCACCACAGCUGCCGUGGCUCGUUGUGGGUUUGGGUAAUCCAGGCAAGAAGUACCAGGGCACUCGCCAUAACGUUGGUUUUGAGAUGGUUGAUGCUUUGGCUGAUGCUGAAGGGAUAUCUAUGAACACUGUUAACUUCAAGGCCUUGUUUGGGAAAGGUUCUCUAUUCAUUCUCUUAUCUCAAAGUGUGAAACUUUCAUUUAAAUUUUAACGUCACUAGUGUUUGAUGACAUUGGGUAACUGUUUUUGGAGAAUUCAGCGUGUUUCAUAAUCCUAUUUGUAUGUACAUAACUAGUCUG